ACACACACACACACAAGGCAGGGUGAGUGGGCAGAGGGUGUGUGCCCAGGGUAUCUGGCAGGGUGCGCUAUAGCAGAGCAGAGAGCAGACCGGCGUAAUGCGCGGAGCUGCCGAGGUGAAAUAGGCACAUGUGGCAACUGCGGAGUCAGCUCGUAACACCCUUUGCUCCGUGGAAGAAGUAGGUGGGAUCCGUGCCUUGUCGCACUCCCCUCGCCUUCCCCCGCACCCACAGCCGCUGACACCCUGUGAAAUGAAGCUUAAAGACGAGCUUAUGAAAGACGCCUUUGUGCGGGGCUUUGAUUUACUCCGCGAGGAAGAGAAGUGAGAAGAAAGACGCGGAUGAUAUAAGGAGGCAGCGAAGGUGGACGCGUUAUGGCUAAGGGUUAUAUUGCGGCCUGCGGGCUGGCGAGUGUUGCCUCUCCGUGCUCCCUGUAAUUCCUCGCCGCAUCACCACCACCCGAGAGACACCAGUCUUGGCUACACCCCACACCACCCAGCAAAGCACCAAGCACCCGUGGGAGACAAUCUUGUGCCAAUAACAUGAACUGGGGAGAAAAGACGGCGGUGGCAACUGAAGAAACGUUGUUGUGAGAGCGCCUGCGUGAGAGGAGCCGUCAGUCUCUCACUAACUCUGCUCGUGUGCUUCAUGGUGGUGUGUGCUGCGUGGUGUGGUGGUGUGUCCCUUGGUCCUGCUGUGCCAAGGACUCUCUCACGCCCCUGUAGCAGAACCGGUGGUGUAGAGGCAGGCUGUGGAGGAAGGGGAGAGGAAACAGAUGGUGGUGUGGAGCAGUGAGGAAGUGGGAGAGGCAGUGAUGUGUAGGCAGUGGUAGCCAGGGCGCUCCAUUCUUGUGAUGGGGAAGAGAAGGGCUAACUAGCUAACUCCCUGCCAUCCUUCUCAUCCUACACCGUCUCCUGAAGGAUUCCCGGCCUCCUGAGGGGAAUAUCUCGCAUCCUAUGACUGUCGGAGCAAGACAAGCCGUGGAAAGGAUAAAAGUACUCUUAGGAAGAGUCUCGGCACUGCACACGGUCACCAUGGUGCCCCGGGUAGCGAGUGACCCCCGCCACGCCCCGCCCCGGCCCCCUCCACCAAGACUCUGAACAAUUCAAACACCAAGGCUCCGUGAUGUCGAUGGGGUGGGGCGGCAUGGUGGUGGGCGGCGCGUGGUGGGCGGCAGGCGGGGGCGGCAAGAGCGCCGUGCAGCUGCUGCAGGAGAGCAAGUCCCGCUACGUGAAGAGUGACCACGUGCUGGGCAGCAGCCAGACCCCCGCACGCCCUGACCGCCUCCACAUCUCAUCCAACCCUAACAUAUUCCUGAGCGCGCCGUGCCACACGCUGCACGUGUCUCGCCCCUCGCCCUCUCCCGCGCCGGAGCGCCGCGCUGCCCUCGCUGACAACAACAACGUGGUCAACCUGCGCGACCACCCCAGCCUGGCCGGCCUGUCCCCGCCCCGCCCCAGCCAGAUGGCCGGACCCGCCUCGCUGGGCGCGCCACCCCCUCUGCCGGCCCGCUCGCCCCGCGCGGCCCCUAGGCCCAGGGCCAGGGGUCAAGGUGCGGGGGAGGGCCAUGGUGGACGGGCUGGCGGGGACCUGCGGCGGUCACUGUCCCACGGGCCCGGUGAUCGCGGCGACAACGUGCAGAUGAAACUGCGGCGCCUGCUAAACACUGACUCGCAGGAGAAUCUGGCGGGCGCCGCAGCGGGAGGCGAAGAACCGACCAAGAAGCCCCCGCCGCCAGCCCCUCGCCGCGGGGUGCGCAUAUCCCUGCCAGGCACUUACCGCGCCGAGCCCGCCACCGUCACGGCCCACAAGUCCCUGCCGGACCUGAGUCGCGCCUCAUCCCCCGCGGGGGAGACAGACUCAGAGUGUGGCACGGGGGGUCGCCGCCCCUCCUGCCCCGGGGCGCUGCCCUCCAUCAGUCCAGCCCCGCCUGAGCCUCCACCACGUCCACCCCGCAUGUUCCGGGAUCCCCCGCCCCCUCCCCUGCGGGCCCUGGACAAGCCUCCCGCUCGGCCACCGCUGCCCCAGCGUCUGCGGGAAGCCUCCGUCUCGCGCCCCACCCGAGGUGCUGGUGCCGCUGGAUGCGUCGGCGGCGGUAGCGGCGGUCCCACCGCCUCCCUGGUGCCCACGGACGGCCGCCGCUCUUCGGACAGCGACGUGUCGGCGUAUGGAGCAACGGCUGCGACGGCGGGGGCGGUGGGCGGCGAGGAGGGUCGGCGGCGGCCCAUCCUACGGUCGAGGUCUGACGUGACGCACGAGCGGGGUCGCUGGGAGGAAGAGACGCUGCCGCUGCCGCCGCUGGAUCUGGAGGCGUUCUUCGAGACGCUGGGCCUGGACCCCGCCACGUACCGCCAGCUGACGGCGCCGCCCUCCUCCCCGCCUCACUCCGCACCAGUCUACUUUGAGGAGGUGUCCUCGGAAGAGUCGGGGCCGUUGGUUGGGCGGCGGGGCAGCUCUGACUCAGACGAGGGGCGGGGCAUCUCGGGGCCCGGCCCCGGCCCACCUCUGCCCCUUCGGGGUACAGGGGAGCCCUCCAUCGUGGAGAAGAACGCGCGGGUCAUCAAGUGGCUGUUCAACUGCCAGAAGGCGCAGGGCACCUACGUGUGCCGCGUCGCCUCCAACAAGAGUUAGCCGCGGCCACUCUAGUCUCCGGCCGUGGCCCCGGGCCACGCGUGGGGCCUCGGGGCCACGGACCGUCCUGCUGUGAUAACCCGAGUGGCCGCCACCUGCUCCCCACGUGGCGGAGCGUUGCCCCUCCAGCCUCCAGGCCCCUUGGCAGUAGCGAGGCAGGAAGGGCCGGGCUGCGUGAGGGAGCGGCGUGGUGGCGGUGUGAGCGCGACAUGAGACUUGCUCCUCGACUGUCAGACUCUUGGUGAGCAGCGGAAGUGUCCUCCCCCAGAGGCACCACUGCCACGCUCAGCCACACACAGGAUGCACACAACUCACACACCCACACACACCCACACACAAACACCCACACGCAGCACACCCACUCGCUCACACACUACCACACAGCCUGAGUACCCCGCGGCGCCCCGAGGCUGCCGCUCGGCUGAAGUCAUGGAGUCCGCAGCGACGCCUUCACCGAGGAAGGAAAGAAUUACUGAAUGACUUGACGUGACAAGGUGGCGCUGCGCCUCUUGCUCAAUGCGGAUUGCACGGCAGCAGCGCCGCAGCUUGGCGGCGUGACUCGCGUCCCGCUACCUGAAGACGCUGCCAGGCCGCCACGGCCACCACGCCCCGCACAGCGCAGGGGUCACAGCCUCCAGGAGCAAGCUUUCCUCAGGCCGGCGAGGACGAGGAACGUGUGUGUGUGUGUGUGUGUGUGUGUGUGUGUGUGUGUGUGUGUGUGCAUGCGUGCGUGCGUGUGCGUGCAUACCUGUGCGUGCGUACGUUCGUUCGUUCGUGCGUGCGUGCGUGCGUGCGUGCGUGUGCGUGUUUGCAAAACAUGGUCCUCACACUCGGAACAGUCUUGCCCCACUUCCCCGCACCGCCCCACCCCGUCCCCGCGGCCCCGUCAGUGCGGUGGGCGGGGACGUGACCGGAAGGAGGCAGCACACGCACGCUGGGCCACCGCUGACCUGCUGACUCCAGGACGUGCCGUGGCGCCACCCUUGUAUCCACCCACCUCUAACCCCACACCCACCCCAAAGCCCCGUUAGUCGCCCGUGAGUAGGUGACGAGUGGUGACGGGGCGGGUUGGGGAUGACUCAGGAGUGGUGGGUGUGGGGAGACAGCUGAGGCAGCAGGGCCAGGCGGUGAGGUGCUGAGGUGCUGAGUGCUGCCCUGGUGCUGGUGGCGGGGAGCGGCGCGAGCUGUUCCUUGUCUUCAGUUCACGUCUUGGUUCCAUUUUGUUUUCCUCGUUUGGCCAAGUGUUACAUCAAGCUGUGGAGCGAUUCACUGCCUCUGUCUGUGUGUGUGUGUGUGUGUGUGUGUGUGUGUGUGUGUGUGUGUGUGUGUGUUUGUGUUUAGGAGUGUGUACCUUAUACCUAGUCAGCCAUUCCUUCCUUCUUGUGUAUACUCCCUGCUCCACCGAUUACACACACACACACACACACACACACACACACACACACACACACACACACACACACACACACACACACACACACACACAGAUCCUCAAUUUUCACUGUUCGUUGGCGGUGUGGUGUGUAGAAAAUUUAGUUAUGUGCGACUCUAUUGCUCACCGUGUGUGUGUGUGUGUGUGUGUGUGUGUGUGUGUGUGUGUGUGUGUGUGUGUGUGUGUGUCCUUCUAAGCUUAGUUCAGUUAGGUACUUGGGAUAGUUCGUGUAAUAUGCUGAAACAUUAGGUAAAUAUAGUUAUAAUGAUAAUAAUUAUAAUAACGGUAAUAGCAUCAUAGUAAUAAUAAUAAUGGUAAUAAUAAUAAUGGUAAUAAUAAUAAUGAUAAUGAUAAUAAUGAUAAUGCUAAUAAGGAUCACAAUUGGUAGUCAGAGUAGUGAGUGAAUAGGACGUAACAGAAGUGGAAAGCUAAAUUAAUUCUUUACCUCACCUCUCGUUUAUAUGUACGUGUGUAUGUAUGUAUGUAUGUAUGUGUGUAUGUGUGUAUGGUUACGUCUCGCACCGGUCUAUUACCUAAUCAACCAUACAAGUUUCCCCUCGACUUUUUUUUUUUUUUAUUUAUUUUCCCCUCAUUUCCCUCCCUCACCUUAUAAUUGCAGGUAAAAAAGUAGAAGGUAACAUUUUUCCCCUUUUUUUUUCGCCCUCACUCGAUUGUUCAUCCCCUACCUGUCUCCCUCUCCCCUCUCACUUCCCCUUCGAUGAUAGUUCCCUCUCUCUCUCUCUCUCUCUCUCUCUCUCUCUCUCUCUCUGGAAAACCUUAAAAAAUGGUCGUUGUUUAAAGAAUCGAAAAUGUUUGUUAAAUUCGUGAAUUUUUUUUAUUAAUGUGUAAAAAAUAAAUGUUUUUUUUUUUAUCAGUGUAGGGUUAAGGCGUGUGUGUGUGUGUGCGUGCAUGCGUGUGUGUGUGUGUGCGUGUUUGCGUGUGCAGUACCCAGCUUAAAUAUUCUCUCCUCACCCCCACAAAAAAAAAAAAAUGUACGCAAGCUUUCCUCUAAUAUAAAAAAGACAAAAAAAAAAUCUAUAUACAUACACUCAUGUUUAAAAAUAUAUAUAAAUAUAUAUGAAGAGUUUGCCGUUUUCUGAUUUUAUUGUUUUGAUUCAGAGAUUCCUUUUAGCUACUUUUGUCCUUUGUAUUCUUCGUAUUCAGCAUUCCACGUCAAUUUUCAGUUUUUUUUUUCUCAUAUUCAGUUUUACGUUCCGUCGAA